AUGCCGCCUGAAGGCGACAUGGCUGCGCAGACGGGAGGAAGUAAUUCCAGCGACUUCGUUCGCAAGCUCUACAAGAUGCUGGAAGACCCUCAAUACGCCUCGGUAGUUCGUUGGGGGAAUGAGGGCGACAGUUUCGUUGUCCUCGAGAACGAGAAGUUUACAAAAACGAUAUUACCAAAGCACUUCAAGCACAGCAACUUUGCCAGCUUCGUUCGCCAAUUAAACAAGUAUGACUUCCACAAAGUCAGACAAAAUGAAGAGAAUGGCCAGUCCCCAUAUGGCCCACAGGCCUGGGAGUUCAAGCAUCCCGAGUUCCGCAUGGACCAGAAGCACAACCUCGACAACAUCCGUCGCAAGGCGCCCGCACCAAGGAAAGCCCAGCCUACUGAGGAAGCCUUCCCGGCUAACCAGCAAGUCGCGCUCCUGAGCGAGACCCUGAACGCGACCCAGCAUCAGGUCCAGCAGCUGCAGGAGAACUACUUCAACCUGGCCCAGUCCAACAAGGUACUGAUAGAUGAAAUAACAUCCCUCAAGAAAAACCUGAACAUGACGACCCAGGUCAAUCACGAGCUGCUCAACCACCUCACUAGUCUCGAUGAACGUAGGCGCAACAGUCGGCACUCGGCGCAUUCGAAUCAUUCCGGGCAGUCCUCGGCCAACUUCCACAACGGCACCUUGGGCGUCCUUCCAGAUGGCAACGACGAGCCUUCCGCCGAGCUGCGCAGGGCGCGUGAGCUCAUGACCGGCAUCGAGCCAGAUCCCGUCGCAGACCGCGCCUUCCACCGGUUAUCGAUGGCCUGGCAGACGCAAACGCCCCCAGACUCUGCGAGCUCCCAGGUCGCCAUGUACCCUCAACCCAGCUCCGCGGCCGCGGCCGCCGCAAUGCCGGCCGCCAUGAUGCACAACCCCUUCGUCGAGGACCCGCGGCACCUAGUGUAUCCCGUGGGACAGACAGUCGGUAUCGAUCCCUUCCAUCCAGAUCAUAUCCAACAUGUUCCCUAUUUUGUUAAUCAGAGCGGUCCCUCAGAGCCACAAGCACAAAUAACACCUCCGCCAGGCAAAGAUAUGGAUACUUCGUUGUGGGGCCCCAAGAAACCUCGAAUCUUCCUCGUUGAGGACGACAAAACCUGCUCCAGGAUAGGCUCCAAGUUCUUGUCCCAGGUUGAGUGCUCUGUAGAGGUUGCGAGAGACGGCGAGGAAGCUUCCAACAAGAUCAACAAUGAUCCCGAACGGUUUGAUCUCAUCUUCAUGGACAUCAUCAUGCCCAAUUGCGACGGUAUCUCGGCGACGGUGUAUAUCAGGGCUGUAAACUCACAAGUCCCUAUUAUCGCGAUGACGUCGAAUAUCCGACAAGAGGAUAUAUCGAGCUAUUACAGCUGGGGAAUGAAUGGUGUGCUGGCAAAACCCUUCACCAAGGACGGGAUGAUCAGGAUCCUGAAGCAACAUCUUCGACACCUUUUGAAAAACCCAGCCGCAGCAGACGUAGAGCCCAAUGGAGUCGCCCCCAUGCCAGUGCCUUCAGGCUCGACGCCCUCAUAUUCAGGUAUGCCUUCUGGAACCAUGUCGACGGCGGGAAGUACUGUCAAGUUCGAAUCCGGGACCCCAAUCCAGUCUCCAGCAACAACCGGCUCAUGGCACUCGCCUGGCCAACAAUUAGCUCACGCGUCACCCAACCUAGAUGCUGGAGGAUAUAUAACGGCCAGCGGCGGCGUCAGCGGUCCCCAGAUGGUCCUGACACCCGGGGGCAUGCACCGGGGCGGGUUUCCCCCGCAGGUCGGUACGCCGCCCAUUUCGCGAAUGCCCGAUAACAUGGGCGACGAGCGGCCGGAGAAAAGACAACGAAUGUACGGGCCCGGGCCCGGCGCCGGAGGGUAUAUACAACAAUAA